UCUUCACAGCAUCCAGUGAACAUUGCUGAUCAGUUCUUGUUGUGAAGCCAUGGCGAUGAAGUGGAGUGUAGUUUGUCUCGUGGCAGUGGCCAUGCUUGGCUGUCUGUGUGAUGCUCAGUCUUGGUCACCCUUAGCUAAACCAGGGCAGCAACCCUCCAGACGCAAGCCUCAGCAGCCUCAGCAGCCUCAGCAGCCUUAUCAACCACUGAAUCAGAAGCCGAGGCACCCACCAAAAGACCCCACCCAGGCUAAGCAGACGUUUGAGACACCACUUGAUUGGACCUAUCCUCUGGACCCAAAGCCAGAACCCAAGGUUGUUGGGAGCUCAGAGGCGAGAACCCCAGUGGCUGCCAAUUCAGUGGCGGCUGAGUGUAGGGAGAACAUGGUCCACGUGGAAGCAAAGCACGACCUGCUGGGGAUCGGCCAGUUGAUCCAGCUAGAAGACCUCACUUUGGGAGACUGCGCUAUCACUGGAUUUGACAAUGUCAACCAGGUGCUCAUCUUUGAGUCUGCACUGCAGGCAUGUGGCAGCCAACUAAGGAUGACUACCAGCUCCCUCAUCUAUAUCUUCACUCUAAAUUACAAACCCAAACCUCUGGCAAACACCCCCCUCAUCAGGACAAAUGAAGCUAUGAUCACCGUUGAAUGUCACUAUCCAAGGAAACACAACGUGAGCAGCCUGGCCCUGAUCCCAACCUGGACCCCUUUCUCCGCUGCUAAGUAUGCAGAGGAACUCCUGUACUUUUCCAUGAGGCUCAUGACUGCUGACUGGCAGUAUGAGAGGGCUGGUAACAUGUACGUGCUGGGUGAUAUGGUGAACAUCGAGGCCUCUGUCAUGCAGUACUUCCACGUCCCCCUGCGUAUCUUUGUGGACAGCUGUGUGGCCACCCUGCAACCCGACAUGAACGCCAAUCCUAGAUACGCCUUCAUUGAGAAUCAUGGGUGUCUGAUCGAUGCCAAGGUGACAGGUUCCCACUCCCAGUUCAUACCUCGUUCCGCAGACUACAAGCUGCAGUUCCAGGUGGAGGCUUUCAGGUUCCAGAGCCAGAGGGGGAGUGACCCAAUUUAUCCGCAGAAAACAAAGAUGCCUGUUCAGACUGCUGAAGAUUAUCCCAGUUCGCUCGACGCGAUCUUUAUUACCUGUCACCUGAAGGCAACCACAAUUGCCUACCCCAUUGAUGUUGAGUACAAGGCCUGCUCCCUCAUUAAUACGUGGAGGGAGGCUGGUGGGAAUGAUGGAGUGUGUGGCUGCUGUGACUCCACCUGUAGCAACAGGAAGGGACGCGAUACCACCAAACACCAAAAACCAGCAAAUAUAUGGGAGGGAGAUGUUCAGCUUGGUCCCAUCUUUAUCACGGAGAAGGUUGUGUAAUAAAUUCAGAACCUGCCAUUGGCAUGCCCAUUGAAAUAAACAUAGUUGAUGGUU